AUGCCUUCCGAGCUUCCAGAUCUUUCAUCACAUCCGAUCAACUCCCCUUCCAGCCCCUGGUUAACUCUACGGCCGUCAAAGACAGGAGAUGCUGAUCAGAUCGAUAUAUAUGUUGGGGGUGCCUUCUUCAGAACGGUGGAGCCAAAUUGUAUCCACGCAGAAACAAGACUAGUCGAAAUGGACGCUGCCGGAGUUGACGUGCAGAUACUGAGCACAGUACCUAUUUUGUUCUUCUAUGACGAGCCAGCGGAGCCAGUCACAGUACUUGCUAGAGCCCUAAAUGAUCACAUCGCCCGUAUUUGCUCGCAAUAUCCUACACGAUUUGUGGGCCUGGCGACUGUGCCAUUACAAGAUGUGGCUGCAUCUGUGGAAGAACUGAGACGGGCAAAAUCUUUGGGUUUGAAGGGGGUUGAGAUCGGAACGACUAUUGGGGAUGUCAACCUAGAUGAUCUAGCGCUUGAACCAUUCUGGGCGGCUUGCGAGUCUCUGGACAUGCCCGUCUUCGUUCAUCCAUUGGGAUACUCGCUAUCAAAAGAAAACAGUAAGAGGUGGGUCAAGUACUGGGGGUCGUGGCUAGUGGGUAUGCCAUCCGAAACAGCACUGUCUAUCCUGGCUCUCACGUCGUCUGGAACAUUACUCAGGCACCCGAAAUUAAAACUCUGCUUUGCCCAUGCCGGCGGCGCUUUCCCAGCACUCCUCGGACGGAUUCAGCAUGGCUACGACUGUCGACCAGACCUUUUGGCAGGCCAAGCUGGCGGAGUCAGUCCAUCGGAUCAUAUUACGAGGGGCGGGUUCUGGGUUGAUUCUCUUGUCCACGAUCCAGACCUUAUGGAAUACUUGUGCAAGAAGAUCGGACCAGACCGAAUUGUGAUGGGAAGCGACUAUCCAUUUCCACUAGGUGAGGUUCCAGUUGCUGGCAAGAUGCUAUGCUCGGAGAAGAAACUAAACAGUUUCUUGACAUGGAUCGAUAGGGCCAAUAUGUUGGCCGGGAAUGCUAUUGAUCUUUUUAAUCUUGGCCCUUCUUUCAGAAAACCAUUUCAGAACCGGCUCAAUGCUUUCACAGAAAAGAACAGCACGAGAGUGUUGAAAGAUAAGUCGACAGCUGUGAGCGUACAUGGGGCAGGGUCCUCGAUACCAGUUUGA